AUGUCGUCUAGCUCACUUUCUCUUGAACAAAUCCCACCUCCCAAUUUAGGAGCAGAUGACCCUUCUGCUGCUGAUCCUGCACGUCUCCGUAUCGCACGCCGGACGUUCUUCUCAAAGGCCUUCUCUGUACGAAAUCUGACACACAGGCAGUCGACAUCUAGGCCUGAGGACGAUUCAAAGGGAAAACAUAAAGCGGUCAUACUGAAUAUUGGCGAAGAGCAGCCAACGGGCCCUCUGUCUUUCUCUCCUGUCGACAUUCUUCAGGAUUCUCCAUCAAUAUCGACUGACGAUUUGCCAGAUGACAAGGACAUGUACAGGUGGGCAAUCGUGUAUGAAAAUCAGCGCGGUAUCACACUGUUCUCUACACCAUAUUAUUCACCCCUUUCUCUCUUGCCGAACGACCCGCCCCCGUUCACACUCCCAGAAGUUGCUGGUUACUCGAAUCGACAACCCCAACUUUCCUUGAGCGAAUAUCCUCUCCCGGACGGCACAUGGCGCUGGGUGUCCCAAUCCUGGUUGAUUGACAUGCGUGAGGGAGGCGAAGUUCAGUACGAUGGCUUUGAGUACAACUGGUUCUUUCGGAAACACAACUGGCGUGCCGAAGUUGGGAAGCUCGGCGCUGGUGGUUGGGUACGAAGGCGGCGGUGGGUGAGGCUCAUGGUGAGACCUGCCCGGGCGCUCGAGAGUCUUGGCUUAAGCCGUGGAGAGGCUUCACUAGGAUUGUCUCCUCCCUCAUCGGUUCGUGAAUCCACUCCUGAAGCUGGGAAGUCUCUGCAGACUGGGGACGAAUUUGAUUGGGAAUAUUGUCAUUCCACCAUGCGACGUCAGCCACUGGAUGGAAUGAAACUCAAGCUGUGGAAACAGUGGCUUGGACUCGUAGAUGUCUCGGAACAAGAUACUGAUUAUAUCGGAAAAAUGCCCGCGGAAGACUACGUCACUCGGAUCCUGUGCGACCAUGUACAAGACAUCUUCGAAUCUUUUGUCCAUCCAGACUCUAAACAAGCUUUUCUCGAGCUUGUGGCUAGGGCGGGUGUCCUUCCAAUGUCGGUUCAGCAUACGCUCGUUAGCAAUAUGUAUGCCAUAGACUUUGGAGCUAUAGUCGGAGACUGCCUCAACUCAAGGAGGGCGAAAGGACGCGUGGAAUGAUCCGACGCAGCGGAGCCCAUAAGUCGACAAGAGACCUUGAAAUUUAAGCGAAUAUCGUCUUAAAGUCGAGUUCCAGAUUCCUAUGAGUCUCCGUGGGUGUUGAUGUAAGACGUGAAAUAGACCCAUCCGUUGAGCCAAUUAACGGAUGACCAUUCUCUACGCUUGUAUCACUUUUCUGGCUUCAAAGGCACUAGUCACUAAUC